CCUUUGCAGACUUCCUGAGAAUACACUGAGAAACCAGUGUGUCUUGCCUUGGAAUCUGGGACUGAACUACAUUAGUAAUUUCAACAGCAGCAGAGGGGUCCCAGUAAGUCAUGAUCCCCACAUAUUCAUUGAUGGGGCCUUUCAGAGGACACAUGAGUAUCAAAAGUAGCCCCUUUUCUCCAAGUUCUUCCUGCAAGUUGUCAAGUCAGUACAUCAUUGAAGAUCACAUGGCAACACAUUACAGAAAAUUGCUAUCUGCCAAAGCUGCUGUUGAUUCAUCUGCUCCAAAGAGUUUGAACAUGAGCAUCAAAUACAGAGACCAACAGAAAAGAGAGAGUCUUAUCAAAGCUGUUGAGAAAUACAAGAAAGAAAUGACACAUACCCUUUCAGCCCCUCCAGUCCAUUGCAAGAACAUUUCCAGAGAUCAUCAUAAACUACAGAACAGUCUGGAUUUGGAUACAAAUAGAAGAAUGUCAUCCUUGAAACAAAAACACGAGUACUUCCCUAAGCUUUUCAAGAAGCCGCAUUCAAGAAUUCAGUCUCAAGUUUUAAGGACAGAAGAGACCAUCCAAGAUAUUGUCCUGUGGGCUUUAGCUCAGGCUCUCUGCAGUGACAAGAAGACAAUUCACCAACCUAUUCAACCACUUGGCCAGUCUCCCAGACUGAGCCUUUCUCUGAACCAUAGCAGAAAGAUGAGAUUUCAACCCUGUCAUAAGAAAACAUUUGGUGGAGACCUCUUGGACAUUCAUAGACAAUGUUUUACAGAAACAAGGAAGCCUUUUAUACCAAAAGUUUUAAAAACACCAAAUAAAGCAUUCCUUUCGAAAUACAGGUAUUAUAAUUCUCCACACAGAAAGAAGACCUUCUCAUCUGAUAAGCCGUCAUACAGAAACCCAGGAAAGUUUUAUAGGGUUCUGGAAGAUGAAUGUCUAAGAUCUUAUGCAGAUUACUUCAUGCAGCAUCCACUCAAGGUUGUUGUGCCCUAUAUGAAACACAAGCCGACAUCCGUUUCCCUACAAGCACUGCUUCAGGCAAAAGAAGAGGAAUUGAAAUACCUUCAGUUUCUAAAGGAGGUUACAAAUGAAAUUUUGAUUAGAAGGUGUUACCAGAACGAGGCACUUGGUGAUGUAUUUCAGAUACAUGUUAGAAACAGAAGGUGUGACCUUGAUGAGGUAAAAAUGCAACAACUUUUUCAUGCCCUGAAGGAAGAUUUAAACUACUACACUGAUCUGCCAGAUCCUUCUAUCAGUUACUCUGGUUUGGAACACAGGAGUGGUUGCCUCAUUGCACCAAAUAUGUAACCAUUGUUUCUCCAAACUAUGUGGUGUUCUGCAGUAUCUAACUGAAGCAACUAGAAUUUACAGGUAUAUAAAGAAAUUUUCCAUACUGAUGCAGGACAAUGCAAUUUAGGUCUGGCCUGUAGAAUAAACCUUAUUUACAAUGUCUGACACUAAUUUUCAAUGAAUUAGAAAAAACUGAUGCAAACAAUGAGCUGUAGAUGGAUACAAUUUUAUCUGGUAUCCCUUUUCAUUGCAGAGCCCUUUACUGUGGUGCAUUCUGUUUAUGACUGGAUGGUGCCAAGGGCACAGCUGAGGAACAUGACACCUGGGGCUCACCUUGGGCAGUGCCCCUUCCCCAACCAGAGUUGGGGAAGGGCCACAGUAGGGCUGUCCCUGCCCCCAAGCUUUGGGACCAGUGGGACCAGCCAGGCUUACCCUGCAGCUUGCAGUUUAAGGCUUAAUUCUAGUAUCACUGAGGCCAGGAUCAAACUGAGCCUCUGAAAUCACCAGCUCCAGUUUUUUACUGUUGACUCCACCCCCAAGCUCCACCUGACCGCAGACUGAAUUUGAGAGUUCUUUAUUGAUUUAUAAUAUACAGCAAGGUACUUUAAGCUUUCUGGUGCAUAUACUUUAUUUCUCCAGCUCUAGAUUUAUUUUGCCUAUGGUGUCCAGUGUCAAGGUUUUUUUUAAAAAGGUCCAUGAUGUACCAUCUUAUAGAUAAUUUUGGGUGUCUCCUAAGGCUGGAAAGCCUCAAAUGCAUAUUGUCCUCACAUAUCAAUACUUUGACUCGUUCAUGAAAUUUCUUUCAUAGAUCAAAUUAAAACUGCUCAAUAGAGGCAAAAGGCUGGAGAAUUGGAAGUUCAUCCCCUACAAAAAUAAAUUUCAUCCAAAUGCCAAUAAAACACUUGCAUUGAUACUAAAGCUAAAUCUAAUUUACCAUUCAUUCUUUCUGUACAUUGUCCACAGUGACAAAGCCAAGUUCUUAUAAUUUGCUCUUGGUACUUAAGGCUUAAAGAACCAAAAAUGCCUGAAUGUUUAUUGCAGGAGCCAGAAGAUUUACCCCAUUUUUUUUGCAUUUCCUGAAUUAAUGAGCCUUUGGCUUCAAGACCCACAAUGAGAAAAAGACAAACAAUUUCAUAUUUAUCAUUAAACUCAGCUCUCUGCUGUUCUUCCAUUCUUUAUAUUAAUGAUGCAAUACUCAACAUUUUCAGAAUCCUUAUAAAUAAGACGCUACACAUGCAAAACAGUUUGAGGUAAAUGCAUAAUGUGAAUUUCUUGUUACCUUUCCCCAUUUAGAUAUUAAUCUACUGUUAUCCACUCAGACAUGCAGACAUAUACACAGCUGUUGCAUUUGAUUUAUGAAAAGUAUCGAUCUGGUUUAUCUGUAAAGCUCAUGUUGCACAGGGACACUGGUUUGCUGGUUGCUAGAAUGAUAUUGGCAAAUUCUCCGAAAAUAAAUAUUUAUGGAAAUCA